CUUUCUCGUUUCGUCUUAUCUCGUCUCAACUCCCUUCGCUUUUUCUUUUUGAACCAGACAACUUCAGAAACCAAAAUAAACACCAUACAUCAUCAUCAUACACAAACUACCCACAAAAAGCAAUACUCCUCAUCUAAUACUCAAAAAAUAAAAUCCCUAUUUGGUCAACAAUGGAUAAAAUUGAACACAGAAACAUCCUAUUAAACAACGGCAUAAAUAUGCACAUAGCAGAAAUAGGAGAAGCCAAAAAAGGAACAAUCCUAUUACUCCAUGGAUUUCCUGAGCUAUGGUAUACUUGGCGUCACCAACUUCUUUCGCUUUCGGCCGCGGGAUACCGUGCCUUGGCACCAGACCUACGCGGGUACGGGGACACGGAUGCACCCCCUUGUGCCGAAAGCUACACAUCUUUCCAUGUGGUUGGAGAUCUUAUCUCUCUCAUUGAUCACUUUCAUAUUGACCAAAUUUUCCUGGUUGGUCAUGAUUGGGGUGCUAUCAUUGCGUGGCAUUUUUCGCUUUUUCGCCCUGAUAGAAUCAAGGCUUUGGUUAAUUUGAGUGUUCCGUUUACGCCUCGGAAUCCUACUCUUAAACCAGUUGAGAGAUUGCGGAAUUCUCUUGGGGAUGAUUUUUAUAUCUGUCGAUUUCAGGAACCUGGAGAAAUGGAGAAAGAACUUGAUAGUAUUGACACUGCAAAAUUAAUGAAGAAAUUCCUGGUAUCUCGUGAUCCAGAGCCUCCUUGCUUUCCUAAAGGGAAAUUAGCUGCAGCAGCAGAAAAACCUGUCACUUUGCCUUCAUGGCUUUCAGAGGAAGACAUCAACUACUUUGCUGACAAGUUUAAACAGACUGGCUUUACUGGCGGCCUGAAUUACUACCGGUCCAUGGAUUUGACGUGGGAGCUCAUGGCACCAUGGACAGGGAUGCAAGUUAAGGUACCUACGAAGUUCAUUUUGGGUGAGCUGGACAUAACUUACAGAUUUCCGCUCACGAAGAACUACAUACACAACGGUGGGAUGAAGAGAGAUGUACCACUGUUGGAUGAUGUAGUUAUAAUGGAAGGAGCUGCUCACUUCAUCAACCAAGAAAGGCCGGAAGAAAUAAGCAAGCAUAUUCUGGACUACUUCGAUCAAUUUUAAUUUUACGUUAAUUCUCAAGAUGCAGUUCCCUUGCGUGAUGCAUAUCAAUAUUCAAUAUUUGUGUUUUUAGACAUGAGAAGGCAUGUUUUAAUCAGAUGUAUGCAUGACUAGCAAAGGUGUGGUGAUAUGGUGUAUUACCUUUGUUUUUAAUUAUUUCGGGCCUUCUCCUCCCUCGUCGCAGCGCAGCCUAAACGCUUUUAGAUACCUCUUUCCUCCCCCCAUUUUCUGUGAUCUCUUGCUCUGUGUAAACAAGUUUUUACUAAACGGAUAUGUUGAAUUUCUCAAUAAAGCUGUUUCCAUUUGAGGGUA